AACCUGGCCCUAAUCCGCAACUGACACGUGUCAGUCUUUAUUCCUUCUCCCACCUUCAAAUCCACCUCUCAUUCCGGUAAUCCCUCUCUCUCAUUAAAAUUUCACCUACAUAUUCUCUUCCUGACGCCGAUAGUUGCCACCAAUUUUCCGGCAUGCCUCUAACUUUCCGUCGCCGGCGUCGAGACUAAUAGCUAUGUUUUCCGGUAUGAACCGUUUUAUGAAACUCUCUCUCUUAAUUUAGAAAUGCUAGAUCUAUUCAUCGUUUCACACGUUCGAUCCAAAACUUGGUUUCACAAGAGGAAAAAAAUUAACCCUAAUUCAUCGUUCCCUUAACUCUCUUUCUCCAAUUUCCCUUCCAAUUUGCGCUCGCGUGAUUGUAAUUUUGCGAAUUUUGUACAGUAAAAGAACCUGCAUCUUUUUUUUGCAAUUUAUUUUCUUGAUUUGAAUUUUCCAAUUUUCUUUGCUGGGUUUCCAAAGGUUUUGUAUAGUUAGAGUUUGUGGUAGUUUUUAGGUUUUAGCGUGUUUUUGAAGAAAAGUUUCUUGAUUCUGGGUUUGUGAAAGUGGCUAAAAUGAACAUGAGUGUGGAUGAGGAAGAAGAAUCUGAUGAAGAGAUUCAAGUCCCAGCUGAGAUUGAUUGGCAAAUGCUUGAUAAAUCAAGGUUUUUCUUCCUUGGUGCUGCUUUAUUUUCUGGUGUUUCAGCAACACUUUACCCUGUUGUUGUUUUGAAAACUAGGCAGCAAGUUGCUCAGUCACAAGUUUCUUGUAUUAAGACUGCAUUUUCAUUGAUUAAGGGUGAGGGGUUUCGAGCAUUGUAUCGCGGGUUUGGUACAUCGUUGAUGGGUACAAUACCGGCUAGAGCUUUAUACAUGGCUGCUCUUGAGGUUACUAAGAGUAAUGUAGGGACUGUUACUGUUGGUUUUGGUCUUGCUGAACCAACUGCUGCUGCAAUUGCUAAUGCAGUUGCUGGUUUGAGUGCAGCUUUAGCAGCUCAACUUGUGUGGACCCCAGUUGAUGUUGUGAGUCAAAGGUUGAUGGUUCAAGGUGGUUGUAAUUCAAGUGAUCCUAAGGCUUCUUCUGUUAGAUAUGUUAAUGGAAUCGAUGCAUUUAGGAAAAUUCUUAGGACAGAUGGUCCUAGGGGUUUGUAUAGAGGUUUUGGGAUAUCAAUUUUGACUUAUGCGCCUUCAAAUGCUGUUUGGUGGGCUUCUUAUUCUGUUGCACAAAGGAUGGUUUGGGGUGGAGUUGGAUAUUACUUGAGUAACAAGAAAGGUGGUGGGGAGGGAAGUGAUAACAAUGGGGCAAAUGCGUUGAGGCCGGAUACGAGAACUAUUAUGGCAGUUCAGGGAGUCAGUGCAGCAAUGGCGGGAGGUAUGUCUGCAUUGAUUACUAUGCCAUUGGAUACAAUUAAGACAAGGCUGCAGGUCUUGGAUGGCGAUGAGAAUGGCCGUCGUGGGCCGACGGUGAUGCAUACGGUUAGAAAUUUGGUUAAGGAAGGUGGUUGGAUGGCUUGUUAUAGAGGAUUGGGACCUAGAUGGGCUUCAAUGUCUGUGUCUGCAACAACAAUGAUCACAACCUAUGAGUUUCUAAAACGGAUUUCCGCUAAGAGUAAUGAGGUUUUGACAUGAUGAACAAUGUAGUAAUAACAACAACAAGGAACAUAGAGAGAGGGAAGGUGGUUUUUUCCCCGCUCUCUUCUUUGUCUAAAUUCUGCUCUUAUCUAGUUUUUUCUUCUGUUUGGGCUAAGCUAGCAUGACUGAUUGAUCGAUGUAAGUCAUUGCAGGUUCAUAUAUAAAUAAAAGUUUUUUUUUCUAACACA